UAUACGUAUCUUAGUUGUUUAGGGGAACAAGGGAAAGAAAUAGAAAGAAGAAACCCAUUCCCCAUUUCCAUCAUAUCAUAUUUAUACAUUCAAUUCAAUUUGAAGCCGCGUAUCGCCGUGUUAUCCUUAGGCCUUCGAUCCCGAAAGUAACGGAAUUAUUUUACCAAAAUACCCCUCCGAAAUCCAAAUACCCAAUAUGUUGCAGAGACCCAGACGGCGCUGCGAGGGCACUGCCAUGGGAGCCAUCGUUCUCGAUCUCCGACCUGGUCUCGGAAUCGGACCCUUCUCUCUUGGGAUGCCGAUAAGUGAAGCAUUUGCUCAGAUAGAGAAUCAGCCGAACAUUUAUGAUGUGGUUCAUGUUAAGUAUUAUGAUGAGGAACCACUUAAGUUGGAUAUUGUUAUAAGCUUUCCAGACCAUGGUUUUCACCUUCGUUUUGAUCCCUGGUCUCAGAGAUUGCGCCUUAUUGAAAUAUACGAUGUAAAGCGUCUUCAAAUGCGGUACUCGACUUCGUUGAUUGGUGGACCGUCGACUUUGGCCACGUUCGUUGCUGUAUAUGCCCUGUUUGGGCCCACAUAUCCUGGAAUUUUCGAUAAGGAAAGAGGCAUAUACACUCUAUUCUACCCGGGGCUGUCGUUUGCAUUUCCUAUUCCAACUCAGUAUACAGAUUGCUGUCAUGAUGGGGGAGUGGAAUUGCCAUUGGAGUUUCCAGAUGGCACUACGCCAGUAACUUGCCGUGUGUCCAUAUAUGAUAGUUCCUCUGGUAAGAAAGUUGGUGUGGGAUCCUUGAUGGAUAAGGCUUCUGCUCCUCCUUUACCUUCUGGCAGCAUUUAUAUGGAAGAAGUUCAUGUUAAGCUGGGGGAAGAAUUGCACUUCACUGUUGGCACGCAACACAUUCCUUUUGGUGCAUGUCCUCAGGAUGUGUGGACUGAGCUAGGUCGUCCCUGUGGCAUUCAUCAAAAGCAGGUAGAUCCUAUGGUUAUUCAUUCUGCCUCGGAUCUUCGGCCUCGAACAACUCUUUGUGGAGAUUACUUUUAUAAUUACUUUACUCGUGGUCUGGACAUCUUAUUUGAUGGGCAGACUCAUAAAAUCAAGAAGUUUGUGUUACAUACUAAUUACCCGGGUCAUGCUGAUUUCAAUUCAUACAUCAAGUGUAACUUUGUUAUCCACGGCUCAGAUUCUGCCGGAGAAUCUUUUCAGGAAGUAAAUAACAGCAAGCAGAGAGCUAUUACACCUAGUACAAAGUGGGAACACGUAAAGGAAAUACUCGGGGAUUGUGGGCGAGCUGCGAUCCAAACUCAAGGUUCUGCGAGUAACCCUUUUGGUUCUACUCUUGUAUAUGGUUAUCAAAAUAUUGCCUUUGAGGUGAUGAAGAAUGGUUAUAUUGCAACCAUAACUCUCUUCCAGUCAUAAUCAUGUUGUGUUAAAAGGUUUCUCAGUCAUGGUUUAUGAAGCUUCACAAGGAAUGGCAGCUUAGGUUUGUACGAAAUUUCUUCCAUGGAGUAAAUGGGAAUUUCUCCAAAAAUAUUUGGUUCAGCUGUCAUCGUCAUGACGUGGCAAGGAGCUAUGGCAAAUUGACAAUUGUACAGCUGGGUAUUAAAUUGUACAUAUUAGAAUUCUGUAAUAUAAUGUGAUCUUCUCUAACUUUGACGUUUUGCACGAAGUUUAUACAUAUUAAUUUC